AUGAUAUUGGAGGACAGGGUGGGAGAAGUUUACUCUCCACGAGGAAUAUAUAAAUGGGCGGGCAGGGCUGAAAUUUCUAGUUGGUAGAAGAUAGUUUGCAAGCCUAUAACGAAGUUGUGUAUCGCACUAUGCAGGUCCACGUGACGUCGUUUGUCUUCGCUGUGUUGCUGAUCGCUUCGAUGGAAUCGAAACCACUCUGGCCAAGCGUACGUUCGGACGAUCAUCGAUACCUUUCUACAGCCACCAACGUGGACAGAGGAUUUCUUCAGUAUCACGAUUCCCCUUAUUAUGUUUAUAACGUACAUUCCGAGGUAAAUGCGGCUCCUAUCAUAGCACAUGGGAAACUGGCUGCUUCUCAUUUACCUGUUUAUAGCUUUUAUUACGGAACCCCGACUUACGACUUCCGGCUGCCAUUGAAUCCGGUGUAUCCGCUAUUACCUGCUCCCCAUCCAGGAGAUCAACCAUCGACUGUAGGUGCAAAACCGAUCGAUGAAGAUGAUGAUGGUAUUGAAAAAUUGGAGACAAAGAUUGAAGGGGGGAAAAAGGAGAGGAAAUGAAAAAGUUAAACGAAAGCAUCGAUGAUAACCUGCAUUAUAUUCAACCGUUAAAUCGAAAUAACUUUUGUACGUGGUGGAACGAAAUUUUGCGAAAUUCUUUUUAUUUUUUAUUUUCAUUAGUUCUUAAAAAUUUGACUAACGAAUCUUUUUUAUACAUGGUGUCUCGAACCAUUUAAAAAUAUUAUAUCUUCAUCGAUUUUAUAAAUUCAACGACUAUAAUCAUUUAAUUAUCAAGACAUUUUUAAGAAAUAACGUUUCCUACUUAUGUAAAAAUUUACGUUAAUUAAAUAAAACACUUUUAUAUCG